AUGAAUGGAACCAAUAGCUAUGAUACCCCACAAAAUGACAAGAGAUACGUUACGCAGCGACGUACGGUUGAUAUGAGCUCACCUUACGACAGACUGUACCAUUUGAAAAGGCAUGGACUUCCUAUUCCCUUCAUUGAGCCAGAGACAAGCUAUACGACCAACAUAUUACCUGCAGAUGCUUAUUUGCACAACAGACGAGUCAUCAAUACACCGACCAAGUUUACACAUUUGAGCUCGAACAAAGUUAAGCAUGUCAUUCCGGCUCUGGAAUGGACACCAGAGGGUCGUAGGUUGGUUGUUGCGACUUAUAGUGGUGAAUUCUCUCUUUGGAAUGGCUCUACUUUCAAUUUUGAGAGUAUUAUGCAGGCCCACGACAGUGCUGUGGCAGUCAUGAAAUACUCACAUGCAGGGGACUGGCUUAUAAGCGGUGAUUCUAAUGGUACGAUCAAGAUCUGGCAGCCUAAUUUCAAUAUGGUCAAAGUGCUGGACGACGCUCACACACAAUGCAUCAGAGGUAUUUCGUUCAGUGGCACGGAUUCCAAGUUUGUAACUUGUUCUGACGACAACAUCUUGAAAAUUUGGAAUUUUAGCAAUGGGCAGCAGGAAAGCACCCUUUCCGGUCAUCAUUGGGAUGUUCGCAGUUGUGACUGGCAUCCGACCAUGGGUCUCAUAGCAUCUGGAUCCAAAGAUAAUUUAAUCAAAUUAUGGGACCCCAGAGCGGGCCAAUGUAUCAGCACAAUUCUGGGGUGCAAGCAUACAAUUAUCAGUACUAAAUUCCAGCCUACCAAGGGUAACAUGCUGGCCGUGAUUUCCAAGGACAAAAGUUGUAGGGUAUUCGAUAUUCGCCAGAACAUGAAAGAAUUAGCGGUUUACCGAGACGAAUCCGAUUACAUGUCUCUGACGUGGCAUCCCAUCAAUGAAUCUAUUUUCACAGUAGGUUGUUACGAUGGUUCUAUGAAGCACUUUGAUUUACUUCAAGAACCACAGGAUUCGUCUUCGGGUUACUACCAUAACAUCCCAUAUGCUCAUGACAAGUGCAUCACGUCUUUGUCCUACAAUCCCGUUGGCCACAUCCUUGCAAGUGCUUCAAAGGAUAGAACGAUACGAUUCUGGACCAGGGCAAGGCCGAUGGAUCCCAAUGCCUUUGAUGAUCCUACUUACAACAACAGGAAAGUCAAUGCUUGGUAUUUUGGCAUCAACAAUAAUAUUAAUGCUAUCAGACCUAAGACCGAAGAUGGUAUAGCCUUGCCUCCAGCAGGAAACGAGUUCAUGAACUCCAUGAACAAUAACAAUGCUAUCUUGGGGCCGAGAGUCCAAUCUCCGGCGACCUCAGGCCUGCCAGGGCUGAACUUUUAA